AUAAGGCUUGUUGCUGCCUGGUUUGUUUUUAAGUUACUUGAGAAUCGAAAUAUAAAAAGAAACUUCACAAGGAUGUCAGCAAGACCGCCCUUAUACAGUAGGCAUAGUAAAUCGCCACUUGCAAGCCAAAGUCCUUUCCAAAAUAAAGAAUUGGAGAAGGAAAUGUAUGCUAGUAGCGAUGAGUAUGUAGAAUCUGGCGAUGAGGAAGCUACCGAUCGCAAGAACACAACUACGGAAUCACUGCAACAAAAUGGAAUUAGCCCGAAAGCAACUCCCCAACCCACAAACUCAAAGCGAAAGGAUGCGAUGCAACAACAUAUACUGGAAUCAGCAAGACCACAACAGUCCUCUCAAAAUCUCAAAAUAGUACUUGCCAUUGUUGUAAUUCUAUCAGCAAUGGUUUGCCUUUAUCUCUUACCGCAACAUAAACAGAAGCAAUGCACUUUUAACAAAUUGCGUGAGCAGCAGCCAGUACAGUCUUCAGAUGUUUGGAAGGCGCUGACUAUUAAUAUUGAAAAUCUGCUUAAUAAGCGUACCAAGUCCCCCAACAUCUAUUUAUUCUUGUAUUCAAGUAAAGCAGACGAACAGCCCUUAAAGCAACUAAUUCAAGCUAUUGCCCUGGAAACAUCAAAAUGCUUUGAUGGACAGCAACCUAUUGAGAUGACUGUGAAGGAUUUUGAGACAAACAGCGGCGAUGAUUAUGGCUAUCCCAUAGAACAAUAUAAAAAGAAGCUCAGGGAGGGCAACGUUUUUCUUAUUGGUAGUCUCAAUGAUAUACCGCCGAAUGCAGCGCGGGCAUUGCACACUAUCUGUGACACCCACAGCCCCAUUGCUGUGGAUGUGGUCAUCUUCUUAACCCUGCGCACUACGCAUACGAUCACAGACGGAAGUCCAUCCAAUUUAGCCUAUCAAACAUUACGCGAACUCUGGAAAGACGUGCCUGACAACGAACUGGACGCAUUAAUAACUCGUGUAAUAGAUCAAGUUUUGCUGUUGCACAGCUAAAGUUAAGUGUACUAUAAGUACGAUACGUUUAAGAUGAUAUAAAAAUAAAGCUUAACAUUUAAAGC